UGAGCCGGGGCGCUAUGGCCUCAGCCCGGCCGGCCGCGGGGAGCGCCAGGCGGCUGACGAGUCACGCAUCCGGCGGCCCAUGAACGCCUUCAUGGUGUGGGCGAAGGACGAGCGCAAGCGGCUGGCACAGCAGAACCCGGACCUGCACAACGCGGUGCUCAGCAAGAUGCUAGGCAAGGCGUGGAAGGAGCUGAGCACCGCGGAGAAGCGGCCCUUCGUGGAGGAGGCGGAACGGCUGCGUGUGCAACACCUGCGCGACCACCCCAACUACAAGUACCGGCCGCGCCGCAAGAAGCAGGCGCGCAAGGCCCGGCGGCCGGAGCCCGGCCUCCUGCUCCCGGGCCUGGCGCCCCCGCCGCCGCCGCCGCCGCCCGAGCCCUUCCCCGUGGCGACUGGCGCAGCCCGUGCCUUCCGCGAGCUGCCCCCGUUGGGCGCUGAGUUCGACGGCCUUGGGCUGCCCACGCCCGAGCGCUCGCCGCUGGACGGCCUGGAGCCCGGCGACGCCGCUUUCUUCCCUCCGCCUGCGGCGCCCGAGGACUGCGCGCUGCGACCCUUCCGCGCGCCCUACGCCACCGCCGAGUUGCCCCGGGACCCGGGCGGCUGCUACGGGGCGCCCCUGGCCGAGGCGCUCAGGACCGCGCCCGCCCCCGCCGCGCCGCUCUCCAGCCUCUACUACGGCGCCCUGGGCGCGCCCGGCCCGAGCCCGUACCCCGGCCCGCUGUCCCCGCCGCCCGAGGCCCCGCCUCUGGAGGGCGCCGAGCCGCUGGGUCCCACCGCCGACCUGUGGGCCGACGUGGACCUCACCGAGUUCGACCAGUACCUCAACUGCAGCCGGACUCGACCCGAUGCCGCCGGGCUCCCGUACCACGUGGCGCUGGCCAAGCUGGGCCCGCGCGCCAUGUCCUGCCCGGAGGAGAGCAGCCUGAUCGCUGCGCUGUCCGACGCCAGCUCUGCCGUCUACUACAGCGCGUGCAUCUCCGGCUAGGCCGCCGGCCGCCCGGCGCGCGCUGGUGUCGCCGUGCAUCACCACUCUGUCUCUCUCACAGGUGUCUGACGCCGCUGCUUGUAGCAGGCCCGCGGGAACCAGCGAGGUUGGUGCUUGGCCACCCGCCCAGGGCGGCCUGCAGGGGUGGCUCCCACUUGUCCCAGGGUUCUCCCAGGAAGCCCAGGCCUAGGACAGGUUAAGUUUUUGAAGCGCCUCAUCCUUUUCUUGCAGUGUAUUUUCUAGAACCAGGCUGUAUUUUUUACUUUACCUUUUUUUAUAUACAGAAAACAAUAUAUUUAAUUUUUAAUUAAACUUUUAAACCUUUUCUCCCAA